CAAUGAAGGUGUUAGUGUUUGUCAGUGUGGUGCUAAUUCACCUAUUACCAGCAGCACGUUCCGAUCAGACGGAUUUUAAUCACAUCAAUUCGGAUGGCUCGUUUGCGUUCGGUUUGAAAAAUUCCGACACACCCGGUGCCCACUAUCAUACGGCCAGCGGUAAUCCGAAGACGAUCGUACGGGGACGGUAUGGAAGCAGGCAACCGGACACGGGGCGCGUCGAGGAAACGAUCUACACGGCUGGACCACGCGGCUUCCGUGCUCGAGGACCAAAGAUCCACCGCAAGCAGAGCCUUUCGCAAGUGCAGCGUGGCCCAAUCGGAACGCCGGAAGAUCCUCUGGCAGACCCAUACGAUGAUCCGAGCUACGAUUUUCAGUUCAAAACACGAAACUAUCAGCGCCGCGAAGGUUCAGACAGCAAUGGACGUGUGAACGGUCUCUACACGUACAUCGAUGACGUGGGUGAGAAGCAUUCGGUACGCUAUUCCGCUGGUUCUGGUACGGGCUACGAGGUAGCUAAUCCUGUCCCCGAUGCACCGAACACGAUCGCGUACGAGAGUCCGCUCUACAAAACGCACAAACAGGUGCGCGGCAAAGUCGCGUUCGAGAGUGGUCCGAGCGGUUCCGGACAGUACAAAUUGCUCUCAGUGGGUCCGGAUCAGCGCCGAGCGGAAACAACUGGCCCGGAUGGAGUGACCCGUGGUUCGUACUCCUAUCUAGACGAUAAGGGUGUGCAGCGAACGGUGCAGUACAUUGCAGGAGCCGGUAUUGGAUAUAAAGUGGUGCAGAGUACGGUUGGUGCAGGAACACAUCGUCUACAACAACCGAACUUCGGCAUAAAUCAUGUCGAGCAGAGUGAAAUCGGAGACAACAACAAUCCUUCAUACCAGACGGCACCAUCCGGUCCGGCCAGUGAACGUCCUGGUGCGUCGGGAGCUGGUUACGAUCAUGUGGCACGACCCUCAGCCGGUGGAUACGAUGGUGGGUCAAGUCGACCCACGGCACCGGGUGGAACGUACGAUCCUCCAACGGGUCCAUCUGGUGCGGGUAGCAGUUACCCGGACGGUUCGAAGCCACCACCAGGCUAUCCGGAAAGCAAUCGUCCAACAGGUCAAGGAUACGAUGAGGAAGACUUCGACAGUAAGCGUCCAACAACGAGCUCACCAAGCUUACGUCCUCCAACAACCGAUCGACCAAUCUCAUCCAGCGAUUCAAGUGAAGCGUCGCGCGAAAAAUACCCCCUUCCGGAUGAUCCCACGGAGCAUGAUCUUGGAGGAUACGGAGAGGACAGUAUUAUCGGGUUGCUGCCACCAAAGUACGACUACGAAGCGACCGGUCCGGGACCUACCGGUACCGAUCAUGAUCACGAUCAGCCAUCACUAUCCGGACCGUUCGAUGUGGCGAUCUCGAGUGGCCCAUCCGGCCCAGCACCGUACCCAAGCUUCGGUGAAUCAGCUCCCGGCACGAACGCGUACAAUUCGAACGAUUUUUCCGGCUUUCCCGAGGUAACGUACGAUCAGAAAAAGCUCGAAGACGAUCGAAAGAAGGAUUGGCGUGAUUUCGCGAAAGAUUCGACGAUCAUCAAGAACGUGGGGGAUUGGUACGUGGGACUGGCGCCGGGUGCAUCGGUUCGCGCCCACAUACAGAACAUUGAUCUGCUACCGUACGGUGGUCGGGCACCGUCGCCCGGUGAUGCUUUGCGCCGCGAUACACAGGCGCAGCAGGCUAAAGCGGGUCACGCCGGUGGUAGAAAAUCGUACGAUCGGCGAUAA